AUGUCCCAAAGAGGAAUGAAACUACGGAUGCUGCAAGCCUUUGCUGAAGAGCAAGGCGCACAGUUGAGACAGCGCCCGUGCCCGGCCGAGAACAUAGACGAAACCGAGGGUGAUGAUGUCUCAGUCGAGAAUGAACCAGUAUUGGGCUUCUCUGUUGAAGCAGAUAGUGGAUUGCUCGUCCCCUCGGGUGCUUCGGAAGGAGAGAAGGGACAGGAGGUAACAAGUCUUGGCACUUGUCCGAGCCGCCCUAUAGAAUAUGCUUCAAGCCGAUUCCACCGCCGAACUCGGUCCGACACCGACUCGAUGCGAAGAUUUCCAAUUGUCCAAACAAGGGCCUUUCCCAAAGAUGAAAGUUUCAAAGGCCGCGAAAAAGAGUUGGUCAAUCUCUACAAGAUUUUGUCAGAACCUGGCCGGGUUUAUGUUCUGAGUGCCGAUGGUGGCAUGGGGAAGACAGCUCUAGCCGCUGAAUUCACCUACCGAUACGAGCAGUCUUUCGAGUACAUCUUCUGGGUUCAGGCUGAGACCCAAGUGGGUGCUUCGGAAACCUUCAACCAAAUUGCUCUUGAAUUAGGCUUAGCAGCACUAGGCAAUGAUUCAGAGGAGCUUACGAAAGUUGGGCGUGAGUUCCUGGAAAAUACCAAGAAGCGAUGGUUGAUGGUUUUCGACAAUGUGGAAAAUUGGGAUAGUAUUGACGGGUUCACGCCAACAAAGACAUCAGCGACAGCAGGAAGUAUUCUUAUCACCACGAGAUGCCAAGGCUUUACGGCACCAUCAAGGCCAGUCAACUAUUAUCGCAAGACACUCGAAGAAAUGUCGAUGGACGAAGGAAGGGAACUUUUGCUUCACGGGCUUCCCUUGGAUCUUCGCCCAUCCACUUACUCCCUGAGAGAUCCCGAAUACAAAGCCGCGGGAGAUCUGGCAACACUAGCCGGCUUGCCACUGGUAAUUGUUCUGAUCACUGGGUACAUGAAGGCAAUGAACUGUAAGCCGUCUGAGUUUGUCAGCUACUGGGAUUCGUGGUGGAUGGACAACAACCCGGGCUCCGGUCUAGAAGACGGAAUAAGCACCAACGGAAAGCUUGACACCAUCAUGAAAAUUUCCACGGAAGAUCUCAGCAGCGAUGCCAACAAGGUUCUCCGUAUUAUGUCUUUCUUAGACAGUGACGGGGUUCCAAAAGACCUUCUACUCAUUGAGAAAGGUCAAAGUGGGCCAUCCUAUCUACAAGCCUUCAGGAUCGAGAAAAUCUUGAACCAGUUGACAUCCAAGCACUUCAUCUCUGAGAAGAUCCAAGAUAACAAAAAGAUGUACAUCGUUCACCGAUCUGUGCAGAUCAGAAUCUCCCGAGAGCUUCACAAGAAGACUCGACAAGCUGAGGAGCUGUUCAAACUGACUGUCGAGCUGGUCCGUCGACGGCUCCCGCGGCCCUCUUUGGACUUCCCAGACCAACAGAAAUGGAGCCAUUUCAAGGAAUACUUGCCCCAUGUUGCGACCCUCCAGAAGAUUUAUUCCGAUCAGGGCACGAUUAUCGCUUUGACACCUUUCGUCGAACUUGCCGAGUUGUUCAAGGAUGGCGGAGUGUUCCUGUGGCAAAGGUUCCUCCGAAAUGACGCCAUGCGGCUUCUGUUGGCUGCAGAGAGAAUCCUCGACCAACUGGAAACGAAUCACGAUGAGCUGAGAGCUGAGAUCCACGUUACAAUGAACCUCUUGCUCCAAUAUCUUGGUAUUUCCCGUCGCAAGGAAAUUAGUGAGCGGGCGAAGAAGAUACUAGACUUCAACCAAAAUCGUGCAAGGCAGCUGGAAGCUUCAGGCAAGCUCAGCGAUGUGGACAGGAUCCGAGUCAUCAACGCUUUCGCGGACUACGCCAACUCAUUGCUCCAGGGCAACGACUUCAAAGCUGCCGAGUCGAUCUACAAAGGCUGUCAUGAACGACUGCUUACCAUCACCUCUGAAGAAUCGGAUCCCUUCUCCUUUGCAAAGCUUGCCCAUCACAUGGCUUAUUGUAGUAUGUAUCGGCACGAUUUCGGGGAAGCCAUCCUGCUUGCCGAGAGGGCUAUUCGACUCAUGCAAGUAUUUGGCGACAAGUUGCUUGUUCUGCGAUUUCAGUUCGACCUUGCCUGCAUCGUGCUGCAGAGUGGCGACUUGAAGGGCUCCCUAGACCAGCAUGAGAUUAUCCUAGCUGAGAGGAUCAGGCUUCAGGGUAAAGACAGCUACUUCACUUUACAAAGUCAGUAUGCUGUGGGUGCAUUGUAUUCCUAUCUUGAAAGAUGGAACGACGCCGAGUGGCAGGUCAACAACGCCUUGCAGAAAGCUGAAGGUAAGCCGGGGAAAAGUGUCUGGUCAGAUGCUGCGACCGCGAGAGCCAAGUUCCAUCUAUCCCAAAUAUUGAAGGCGCGGAAUGGUGGCAAGAUGUCAAAGGAUGCGGAAAAGCUAGCCCAAGAAGGGAAAGACGUGUUAUCAAAGCUACUUGUGUAUGAUGACAUCUCUGGAGUCGAGGAGGAAGAUACACUGGCACUGUUCGAUCAUUUGCAGCCGGUCUUCGGAGGACGUUGGACGGGAAUGAGUCUUUUGAAGUACGUAUCCUAG